AUGCGCUGUGUGCUGUGCGCCUGCGAGGCGCCUCAGUGGGGUCGCCGUGUGAGAGGUCCCGGCAGGGUCACCUGCAAGAACAUCAAACCCGAGUGCCCAACCCUGGCUUGCGGGCAGCCGCGCCAGUUGCCAGGACACUGCUGCCAGACCUGCCCCCAGGAGCGCAGCAGUCCGGAGCGGCAGCCGACGGGUCUGCCCUUCGAGUAUCCGCGGGAUCCGGAGCACCGCAGUUACAGCAACCGCGGGGAGCCGGGCGCUGAGGAGCGCGCACGUGGAGACAGCCACACGGACUUCGUGGCGCUGCUGACAGGGCCGAGGUCGCAGGCGGUGGCACGGGCCCGAGUCUCGCUGCUGCGCUCUAGCCUACGCUUCUCCAUCUCCUACAAGCGGCUAAACCGCCCCACCAGGGUCCGCUUCUCAGACUCCAAUGGCAGUGUCCUGUUUGAACACCCUGCAGCCCCCGCCCAAGAUGGCCUGGUCUGUGGUGUGUGGCGGGCAGUCCCUCGGUUGUCUCUGCGUCUCCUUAGGGCAGAACAGCUGCACGUGGCACUUGUGACACACGCCCACCCUUCAGGGGAGGUCUGGGGGCCUCUUAUACGGCACCGGGCCCUGGCUGCAGAGACCUUCAGUGCUAUACUGACUCUGGAAGGCCCCCCACAGCAGGGUGUAGGGGGCAUUGCCCUACUCACUCUCAGUGACAUGGAGGACUCCUUGCAUUUUUUGCUGCUGUUUCGGGGGCUGCUGGAACCCAGGAAUGGGGGACUGGCCCAGGUUCCCUUGAGGCUCCAGAUUCUACACCAGGGGCAGCUACUGCGAGAGCUCCAGGCCAAUGCCUCAGCCCAAGAGCCAGGCUUUGCUGAGGUGCUGCCCAACCUGACAGUUCAGGAAAUGGACUGGCUGGUGCUGGGGGAGCUGCAGAUGGCCCUGGAGAGAGCAGGUGGGCCAGGGUUGCGCAUCAGUGGACACAUUGCUGCCAGGCAGAGCUGCGAAGUCCUGCAAAGUGUCCUUUGUGGGGCUGAUGCCCUGAUUCCAGUGCAGACGGGUGCUGCUGGCUCAGCCAGCCUCUCACUGCUAGGAAAUGGCUCCCUGAUCUACCAGGUGCAAGUGGUAGGUACAGGCAGUGAGGUGGUGGCCAUGACUCUGGAGACCAAGCCUCAGCGGAGGAACCAGCGCACUGUCCUGUGCCACAUGGAUGGGCUCCAGCCAGGAGGACACAUGGCUGUGGGUGUCUGCGCUGGACUAGGUGCCCGAGGGGCUCAUAUGCUGCUGCAAAAUGAGCUGUUCCUGAACGUGGGCACCAAGGACUUCCCAGACGGAGAGCUGCGGGGGCACGUGGCCGCCCUGCCCUACAGUGGGCACAGUGCCCGCCAUGACACACUGCCUGUGCCCCUGGCAGGAGCCCUCGUGCUGCCACCUGUGCAGAGCCAGGCAGCAGGGCAUGCCUGGCUCUCCCUGGAUACCCACUGUCACCUGCACUAUGAAGUGCUGCUGGCUGGGCUUGGUGGCUCAGAACAGGGCACCGUGACUGCCCACCUCCUUGGGCCUCCUGGGAUGCCAGGGCCCCGGCGGCUGCUGAAGGGAUUCUAUGGCCCAGAGGCCCAGGGUGUGGUGAAGGACCUGGAGCCUGAGCUGCUGCAACACCUGGCACAGGGCACUGCCUCCCUGCUGAUCACCACCAAGGGUAGCCCCAGAGGGGAGCUUCGAGGGCAGGUGCACAUUGCCAACCAAUGCAAGGUGGGUGGUCUGCGCCUGGCGGCAGCCGGGACCACAGAGGCGCAGGCACCCGGGGCUCCGGAUGUAGCAGCUGCCUCAUUGGCUGCACUGCCCGCCGUGCCUGGCCCUGCAGCCCCAGCGCCUGCCAAACCUGGUGGCCCUGGGAGGCCCCGAGACCCCAACACAUGCUUCUUUGAGGGGCAGCAGCGUCCCCACGGGGCUCGUUGGGCACCCAACUACGACCCGCUCUGCUCACUCUGCACUUGUCAGAGACGCACAGUGAUUUGUGACCCGGUAGUCUGCCCACCACCCAGCUGCCCACGCCCGGUGCAGGUGCCGGAGCAGUGUUGCCCCAUGUGCCCAGACAAAGAAGAUGCCAGGGACUUGCCAGAUCUGCCUAGGAGCCGAGACCCAGGAGAGGGCUGCUAUUUUGAUGGUGACCGGAGCUGGAGGGCAGCGGGGACCCGGUGGCACCCUGUUGUGCCCCCCUUUGGCUUAAUUAAGUGUGCUGUCUGCACCUGCAAGGGGGACACUGGAGAGGUGCACUGUGAGAAGGUGCAGUGUCCCCGGCUGGCCUGUGCCCAGCCUGUCCGUGCCAACCCCACUGACUGCUGCAAACAGUGUCCAGUGGGGUCAGGGGCCCGCCCCCAGCUGGGAGACCCCAUGCAGGCUGAUGGGCCCCGAGGCUGCCGUUUUGCAGGGCAGUGGUUCCCAGAGAGCCAGAGCUGGCACCCAUCGGUGCCCCCCUUUGGGGAGAUGAGCUGUAUCACCUGCAAAUGUGGGGCAGGGGUGCCUCACUGUGAGCGGGACGACUGUUCACCACCACUGUCCUGUGGCUCGAGGAAGGAGAGUCGAUGCUGCUCCCACUGCACACCCAGGCGGCCAGCCCCAGAGGCCAGGACAGUUCCAGAGCUGGAGAAGGAGGCUGAAGGCUCCUAGGGAGCCACCAGGAGGCCGCAUGACCAAGAGGACGGGGCCUGAGCUGGGGGAAGGGGUGGUGCCGAGGACUCUGUGUUCUCCUGUGGG